AUGAACCUCGAUAGCACCAAAAUCGCCAUCAUCGGCCUCGGCUACGUUGGCCUCCCCCUAGCGGUAGAAUUCGCCAAAAAGUACCCUACCGUGGGUUUUGACAUCAACAAAAAACGCAUUGACGAACUGCAAAAAGGCCACGACCACACCUUGGAAGUGGCAGACGAAGAUUUGCAGAAGGUAUUGGUGAAGAAUAUUACCAAGAUAAAAGACAAAGGCAUUUACUGCAGUGAUGCGAUCACCGACAUUUCCGAUUGCAAUGUCUUCAUCAUUACCGUUCCUACCCCUACCGACAACCACAACCGCCCGGUUUUGACACCCUUGAUCAAGGCUUCCCAAACCGUAGCCCAGGUCUUGAAGAAAGGCGAUACGGUAAUUUAUGAAUCUACCGUCUAUCCUGGGGUGACUGAAGAAGUAUGCGUGCCCGAGCUAGAAAAUGCCACCGGUCUGAAAAUGAACCAGGACUUCUACGUGGGUUAUUCUCCUGAGCGCAUCAACCCGGGCGACAAAGAGCAUACUGUUGCUAAAAUCCUCAAGGUAACCUCUGGCUCCAAUCCGGAAGCAGCCGAGUUUAUAGACCAGUUGUACAAAUCGGUAAUUACCGCGGGUACCUUUAAAGCCGCCAGUCUCAAGGUGGCCGAGGCCGCCAAGGUGAUCGAAAACUCGCAGCGCGACAUCAACAUUGCUUUUGUUAACGAACUCUCUAAAAUAUUUAACCGUCUGGGCAUCGACACUUCCGAAGUCUUAGCAGCGGCCGGUACCAAGUGGAACUUUCUACCCUUUAAACCCGGCUUGGUGGGUGGUCAUUGCAUAGGCGUGGAUCCGUAUUACCUGGCCCAAAAAGCCCAGGAAGUAGGUUACCACCCGGAAAUCAUCUUGGCCGGCAGGCGCCUCAACGAUGGUAUGGGGCCUUACGUAGCCCAGGAAGUGGUAAAAUGCCUCAUCCGCAAGGAACAUAAAAUACUAGGAGCUCGCGCCCUUAUGCUGGGCAUCACUUUUAAGGAAAACUGCCCCGACAUCCGUAAUACCCGCGCCAUCGACAUCUACCGCGAGUUAAGCGCUUACGAGUUGGACGUUGACGUAUAUGACCCCUGGGCCGACAAAGAAGAGGUAAAACACGAAUACGACAUUGAUCUCGUAGACCAGCCUGCAGGUGCCGGCUUCAUCGGUUCGAACCUCGUAGAACACUUUCUCAAAGACGACCGUAUAGCCCUCGUCCGCGUCCUCGAUGACCUCUCCAACGGCUACUACGAAAACAUAGCCGAAUUCGAAACCCACCCCAAAUUUGAGUUUAUCAAAGGCGACAUCUGCGAUUACGACACCUGCCUCCAAGCCUGCGAAGGAAUUGAUAAAAUAACCCACCAAGCCGCCCUCGGCUCCGUACCCCGCAGCAUCGAAAACCCCAUGCGCAGCACCGAGGUGAAUAUUCUGGGAACAGUUAACGUCUUACAUGCGGCCGUAAAGAACAAUGUAGAACGUGUUAUCCUCGCCUGUUCCUCCAGCACCUAUGGUGAUCAUCCGGGUCUCCCCAAGGUGGAAGAUAAGAUCGGCAAUCCCUUGAGUCCUUAUGCCGUCACCAAGUUUAGCAUAGAACAAAUGGCAGAUGUCUUCCAAAAGACUUACGGCCUGAAUUACAUCGGCCUGCGUUAUUUCAACAUAUUCGGCCCCAGGCAGAUGCCCGAUAAUCCCUAUGCUGCAGUAAUCCCUAUUUUCUGCAAGGCUUUUAUAGACGGUAAAGCUCCUACCAUUAACGGAGAUGGCGAAACCAGUAGAGAUUUUACUUUCGUGGACAACGCAGUUUUGGCCAACGACCUCGCCCUUUUCACCGAAAACAGGGUAGCCCUUAACCAGGUGUACAACACCGCCUGUGGCGACCAGGUGACUUUAAACGAAAUGAUUCAAAUGCUGCAGGAGAUCAGCGGAAAAGAUAUUGAGCCUGAAUACGGCUCCGAACGACCCGGAGAU